UUUUCAAAUCAUUUACAGCUGAGCAAGGCAUUUUGUUUACACAUUCGUUGAUGCUGCAAAACGUUAUUACAUUAUAAAUAAAACAACUAAAUUAUAAACUUAUGAAUUAUGUCUACGGUUAGCGCCGAUUAUGAAGAUCAACAAACCGAUAUAAGCUUAGGCGUGCGGAAAAAAGUCAGCAUUGUAUGGCGAUAUUUCGAAAAGUUAGACAGGUUGCGAGUGCGCUGCAGACUCUGUCGCCAUGAGCAAAACUAUCAAGGCACAACAGGAAAUAUUUUACGGCAUUUGAAAAAUAAACAUAAUAUUGACGCCACUCUUAAAGGGCAACAAGCUAAUCCCAACAUGGCUAGUAAAUUCGUAAAAGAAAUUGAAGAAAAGUCAAACGGCAGAACGGUGGACGAGGAUUGCAGCGAAAGUGAUUUUCUUAAAAUAGAACCCACAGAUGUAAGCUCCUCAAGUCGAAGAGUAGAUGAUAUGAAAAGUAAAGACACACUUGACGAAGAAUUGGAUCCAUAUACGGAUAAUGCUUUGUUUUAUAAUUAUGUUGAGGAUCCAACGGGUAAGAGCAAUGGUUUAAACAUGGACGGAAAUAAAAAAUUAACCGCUGAAGAAGAGCGAAUAAUGGCUGAAAUAGAAUAUUUCCGUGAAAAAGCUGGUUACUAUAGGAUGCAAAAGAAUCUCGUAGCGUUACAAGCAAAAAAGAUUAAACAUGAACUUAAAAAUUUAUAACGAUUUUGGAUCGUUAACAUUUUCGGAAGUUAUCCACCGUCGACAGCACAAAUAUGUUUUAGGUUUUUCCAAUAUUAUACAAUGAACUAGAAUAAGGUUGAUCGUAAGAUUAUGUUUUUCUGUUUUUGCUUUUGUAUUCAUGCUUCAAUAUAUUUUUAUAUAAAAGAAAUAUGAGAAUCGCUUAAACCAAUAGCCUUAAUAGUUAUUAAACCUUUGUUUUUGGCAGUUAAUAAAA